AUGUCUUCAAAAAAUCUCAUUUCCACGAACUUAAAAGAGCAAAGUGAAUAUGCGAAAUCAGUAUUUCGUGAUAAUUUGAAGGGCUUAGACGCUUUUACUAGGCAUAAGAAGUUCAUUAAUGACUAUGUAAGAUUCUAUGGGAGAAAACAUGAAGCUACAACACUCGACUCUACCGAAACAAAGACAGAGUUUGAUAUUUUAAAAGAAAACCACAAAUUUCUUCGAUCUGAAGCUGAAGAUGAACAAGAAUUAACAUGGGAACAACGCGUCGCGAAAAAGUAUUAUGACAAGUUAUUUAAAGAAUAUUGUAUCGUCGAAUUGAAAUAUUAUAAAGAAGGAAAAAUUGCUCUGCGGUGGCGGAUUGAGAAGGAAGUGAUGUCUGGUAAAGGUCAAUUUGAAUGCGCAUCAACACGUUGCUCAGAAAGCAAUGGGUUGAAAUCAUGGGAGGUUAAUUUUGCGUAUAUGGAAGAUGGAGAGAAGAAAAACGCACUGGUUAAAAUUCGGCUAUGUCCAAAAUGUUCCGAGAAACUCAACUACAGGAACAAGUAUAAGGCUGCAAUAGCAGCGACACAAGAGCCAAUGCAGAAAGAAGAAAAGAGAAAGAUUAAAAGCGAUAAAAAGCAUCAUAAAAGAAAUUAUUCGGAGAGUGAAGAGGAGAGUGAGGAAGAGAGUGAUAGUGAUGAAGAUGAAUCGCAAGAUGAACGCUUAUCAAAAAGUGGUUCAUCAAGAAAGAGACUCAAAUUGGAAGGAAAAAGAAGUAGUCGCAAAGAGAUACAUCAUAAACGUGACAAGAAUCAUUCACAAAAGAGUGACAAAAGGGAACAGCAAAAGAAAUCAUCACCUGUUCAUCAUGAUAAAAGUAGUUCUGAGGAUGAAUUUUUCGCUGGACUGUUUAAUUAA